UGAUUGAUUGCUAUAUUGCCUCUCCCAGGUUGUCUCUCCUGAAUUCACAUUUUAUGAUAGUAGUAAAUCAUCUUUGGAUGACUUUGCUCAUGGUGAGAAGCUCCUCCGGGCGAAAAUGGACCUUAACUUCAUGUAUGCAGCUAAAGAAAAUGAUACAUGGAUCCGGGGACUUGUAAAGGAUUUAACUAUUGAGGCUGGUUCUGGUCUUAUUAUUAUUGACCCAGUUGAUAUAUCUGGAGGAUAUACUUCUGUGAAGGAUAAAACAAAUAUAUCUUUAUUGUCAACGGAUAUAUGUGCCCACCUAUCUCUUGGUGUUGUCUCCCUUCUACUCAAUUUGCAGAGUCAGGCAACCACUGCUUUACAUUUUGGGAGUGCUGAUCCCCUGUUGCCUUGCACUCAGUUUGAUAGAAUUUGGGUUUGUCCCAAAGAACAUGGGCGUCUUAACAACCUUACAUUCUGGAGGCCCAGAGCACCGUCGAACUAUGUUAUUCUGGGAGAUUGUGUCACAUCAAGACCAAAUCCUCCGUCACAAGCUGUUGUCGCUGUGAGCAAUACAUAUGGGCGUGUUAGGAAGCCCCUUGGUUUCAGGCUGAUAGGUUUAUUUUCUGAUAUUCAAGAAUCUGAGGAGGCACAAGAUGCUGAUGAUUGUUCUCUUUGGCUGCCUAUUGCACCGCCUGGAUAUGUCACAAUGGGUUGUGUUGCUCAUGUAGGAACACAACCACCUCCUAAUCACAUAGUUCAUUGCAUACGUUCUGAUUUGGUAACAUCAACGAUGCUUUUGGAAUGUAUCUUCAGCAUUGCUGCUAAUACUGCAUUCACCUCAGGUUUCAGUAUUUGGCGUUUGGAUAAUGCUCUUGGGUCAUUCUAUGCCCAUCCAUCUAGUAGUCAUCCUCAUAAAAGCUGUUGUUUUGAUCUGAAUAAUCUUCUUCUUCUGAGCUCAAGUUGGUAUAAUUCUUCCUUAAAAGUACCUACUAUAGAUUUAACUAGUGAGAGCGAGCACCUGCAUCUCCAGACAAGUAAACAGAGUGCAACUUCAUCAGGAUGGGACAUUAUCAGAUCGAUUUCUAAAGCAACCUCUUGUUAUAUUUCAACUCCAAACUUUGAGCGGAUCUGGUGGGACAGGGGUAGUGAUCUUCGCCCUGCAGUCUCUAUAUGGAGACCUAUAAGACGUCCUUGUUAUGCAGUACUGGGGGACUGUAUUACCGAAGGCUUAGAACCACCUCCCCUUGGUAUAAUCUUUAAGGCUGACAACCCUGAACUUUCUGCAAAGCCUGUGCAAUUUACAAAAGUUGCUCAUAUUGCGGGCAAGGGACUGGAGGAAGCUUUCUUCUGGUACCCAGUUGCUCCUCCUGGUUAUGCUGCUUUGGGUUGUGUAGUGACACGUAGCAAUGAAGCACCUGAUCUGGAUUAUUUUUGCUGCCCAAGGAUGGAUCUUGUUAGUCAAGCUAAUGUUCUUGAGAUGCCCAUUUCAAGAUCUUCAGGCUCCAGAGCUUUUCAGUGCUGGAGCAUUUGGAAAGUUGACAAUCAGGCUUGCACUUUCCUUGCACGCUCUGAUCUGAAAAAACCUUCCAGUAGAUUGGCAUUUACUCUUGGUGAUUCAGUGAAGCCAAAGACAAGGGACAACAUAACAGCUGACAUGAAAAUCAGAUGCUUUUCUGUGACUCUAUUGGACAGCUUAUGCGGAAUGGUAACACCUCUUUUUGAUGCAACAAUCACUAAUAUUAAGCUUGCAACACAUGGGCGACUAGAAGCAAUGAAUGCUGUUCUCAUUUCUUCAAUGGCUGCUUCCACCUUCAACACGCAAUUAGAAGCGUGGGAGCCACUUGUUGAGUCUUUUGAUGGAAUAUUUAAGUUUGAGACUUAUGAGACCAAUUUACAUCCGCCUUCAAGAGUUGGUACAAGGGUAAGAGUUGCAGCAACCAGCAUUUUGAACAUAAAUCUGAGUGCAGCAAAUAUUGAUGUAUUGGGGCAAGCUGUCGAGUCAUGGCGAAAGCAGAGAGAACUGGAAAAGAAAGCAAUUAAGAUUAAGGAAGCUCGUUCUGGGGAUGCACAUCAAGAUAAUACUAGUUUUGUGGCACUGGAUGACGACGACUUUCGGACGGUGGUGGUCGAAAAUAAACUUGGGUGUGAUAUGUACCUGAAAAAAGUUGAGCAAAACUCAGAUGUAUUUGAGUUACUACCUCUUGAUAAUUCUGUUUCUGUAUGGAUUCCACCUACAAGGCAUUCUGACAGAUUAAAUGUUGCCAAUGAGUCAAGGGAACCUCGACGUUAUGCUGCUGUUCAGAUAGUUGAAGCCAAGGGUCUGCCUGUCAAUGAUGACGGCAAUAGCCAUAACUUCUUCUGCGCUUUGCGCUUGGUUGUGGAGAAUCAGGAUUCAAAUCAACAAAAGCUUUUUCCUCAGAGUGCAAGGACGAAAUGUGUGAAGCCAGUAAUUGCUAGAAAAAAUAACGUGGAUGAAGGCACCGCUAAAUGGAAUGAACUCUUCAUAUUUGAAGUUCCUUUGAAGGGGCUGGCAAAGCUGGAAGUGGAGGUGACAAACCUUUCUGCAAAGGCCGGAAAAGGUGAGGUUGUUGGCGCAUCGUCCUUUUCCGUCGCACAUGGUCCAAGUAUUCUAAAGAAGGUUGCUUCACUCAGAAUGCUGCAUCAAGUGUCUGACGUUGAAAACUUUGGAUGUUAUCCUUUAAGAAGAAGGGGCCAACUUAACAGUAAUGAGACAAAUUCUUGUGGCUGCCUUUUUGUCUCAACGUUGUACUUUGAGAAGAAAAUCGUAUUAAACUUUGAAAAUGACGAGGGAGAAAAGAGUGGUGCUAGUGAUACAGGGUUUUGGGUAGGACUUACACCUAAAGGUCCAUGGGAGAGCAUCCGCUCCUUCCUACCGCUAUCAGUGGUCACCAAAACAUUGGGAGAUGAUUUUGUGGCUUUAGAGGUUGUCACCAAAAAUGGAAAAAAGCACAUAAUUUUCCGGGCACUCGCUACAGUUACGAAUGAUUCAGAUAUCACAUUGGAUAUUUCAUCAUGUCAUGAGUCCAUGAUUCAUACUCAGGAUCUGUCUUCAGAAGGUAGAAAUUAUAGCAUAUUUGUUGAGGAGAUUUUUGAGAAUCAACGCAAUCAUCCAGUUUCUGGUGGAAAUGACCCAGGGCGGUGGAGCACUAGGGAUUAUGCCUAUUCCUCAAAUGACUUUUUUGAACCUACCCUACCUCCUGGAUGGAAAUGGAUAUCGUCUUGGACGGUUGACAAAUCUCAGUUUGUUAACAUUGAUGGAUGGGCAUAUGGACCUGAUUUUCAAACCUUGAAGUGGCCACCAAAUUCUUCCAAGUGUAGCACAAAGUCAGCUCACAAUACUGUUCGUCGAAGACGUUGGACUCGUACAAGGCAGCAAGUUAAGGAGAGGGGUGCAAAUAACACAGAUCACAUUGUUACUAGUCCUGGUUCUUCGGCUAUCUUACCUUGGAGAUGCAUGUCCAAGGACUCUAACCACUGUUUACAAGUUCGUCCAUGCCUUGGUUAUUCUCAGACUCCUUAUUCGUGGGGUCGUCCUAUUGCUGUGGGCUCUGUCUUUGGCUUGGGUAAGGACCAAACAUCUAUCGAAAGCAGUGCACUUUCUCGACAAAAUACUGCAAGGCAGGGAAACAAAAUACCUAUUUCUGCACUGAAGCUAAACCAGCUUGAGAAAAUGGAUCUACUUUUAUGUUGUCCUGGUGGCAGUGGUAAACAGCUUUGGCUCUGUGUUGGUACAGAUGCCUCUGUUCUUCACACAGAGCUAAAUGCCCCAGUUUAUGAUUGGAAACUAUCAAUUAGUUCUCCCUUGAAAUUGGAGAAUCGGCUUCCUUGUGGAGCUGACUUCACGAUCUGGGAAAAACUGAAAGAUGGCAACACUGUAGAGCGACAUCGGGGUUUUAUGUCAUCCCGGGAGACCGUGCAUAUAUAUUCUGCGGAUGUGCGCAAUCCUAUAUAUCUGAUGUUAUUUGUUCAAGGUGGUUGGUUUAUGGAAAAGGACCCCGUACUCAUCUUGGAUCUUACGAGUAACAAUCAUGCUUCUUCAUUUUCUAUGGUUCACCAACAAAGGAAAAGGAGGUUGCGGAUUAGUGUUGAACGUGACAUGGGAGGAACUACUGCUGCUCCUAAAACCAUACGGUUCUUUGUUCCAUAUUGGAUUAGCAAUGACUCAUUCUUGUUUUUGUCUUAUCAAGUUGUGGAAUUUGAGCCAUUGGAAAGCUCAGAUGUAGAUUCACUUUCACUUUCCAGAGCUGUUAAAUCAGCUAAACUAGCAUUGAAAACUCCCCCUACUUCAGUGCUCAGUAGACAGAUAGGUGCAAGGAAAAACAUUCAAGUACUUGAAGUUAUUGAAGAUUCCAGUCCAACACCCAGCAUGCUUUCUCCACAACACUAUGUUGGCCGCGGUGGUGUCAUGCUGUUUUCAUCGCGUAAUGAUGCCUAUCUUUCAUCACGGGUGGGCAUUGCUGUCGCUCUUCAAAAUUCUGAGAACUUCAGUUCUGGGAUAUCUCUUCUUGAGCUGGAAAAGAAGCAACGUGUUGACGUCAAGGCCUUUGGUGCGGAUGGAUUUUAUUACAAGCUUUCGGUGGUACUGCGCAUGACUUCAGACAGAACAAAGGUAUUCUUAAUUGUCGCCACUCCUUGUCAUGUUGAAUGGUGCUUAGUGGUGAAUAGACUGCUUGUUAUUUGUCCUGCCAAAUUGGUUUCAAAAUGCAUGUCAUUUAACCAACUUUGUCAUAAAUGUAUUUCAGCUAGCCCAAUCAUAUAAGGAAACCAGUCUAGA